AUGGCAGCCCUGCAGGCCGGGGACAAAGGGGAGAAAGCUGCAGGGCCCUGCUGUCUCUGUGCUAGAAAUCUGAGGAGACUGGGAUGUGAGGGUGAGAGUAAAGCUGCAGGACUGUAUCGUUUCACCUUCCUGUGUUUUAGUGAGGAGAAGGAAGAGGAGACUGUGGAGGAUCAGGAGGUGAAGGGAGAGAGCGAGGCUGCUGAUGAAGGAACACUGGAGAAGCCUGAAGAUAAAGACUCCCAGAAGGAGAGUGAAGAGAAAGAGGACGAGUCUGCAAUGUGGGAGGAAACGUUUAAAACUCACACUGACUCCAAACCCAAUGGACCGUCCUCUGUUGGCCUGGACUUCUCUCUUCCUGGUUUUGAACAUGUUUAUGGGAUUCCUGAGCAUGCUGACAGCCUGAAACUCAAGACCACGGAUGGUGGAGACCCGUACCGUCUGUAUAACCUGGAUGUGUUCCAGUACGAGAUAUUUAACCCCAUGGCUCUGUAUGGUGCUGUACCUCUUCUGCUAGCGCACAAUCUCCGCAGGACUCUGGGCAUCUUCUGGCUGAAUGCUGCUGAGACUUGGGUAGACAUCAGCUCCAACACAGCAGGCAAGACUCUGUUUGGGAAGAUGCUGGAUUAUGUUCAGGGGGCGAAUGAAAUUCCACAGACUGACGUGCGCUGGAUUUCUGAGAGUGGGAUCAUCGAUGUUUUCCUGCUCCUGGGCCCUUCUCCGUUUGAUGUCUUCAGACAGUACACCUCACUGACAGGAACACAGGCUCUGCCCCCUCUCUUCGCCAUCAGCUACCACCAGUGCCGCUGGAAUUACAACGACGAUGAAGAUGUCCAUACUGUAGAUGCUGGUUUUGAUGAGCAUGACAUUCCCUAUGAUGUUAUCUGGCUGGACAUCGAGCACACUGAUGGGAAGCGGUACUUCACCUGGGAUCCCAACAAAUUCCCCAAUCCCAAGGAGAUGCUGCAAAACCUGGCCGCCAAGAAACGGAAGAUGGUCAGUAUAGUGGACCCCCACAUUAAGAUUGACAGCAGCUACAAGAUUCACACCACCAUCCAAUCUCGCAACUUCUACGUUAAGACGAAGGAUGGAAAUGAUUACGAAGGCUGGUGUUGGCCAGGUUCAGCUGGUUAUCCUGACUUCACCAAUCCGGAGAUGCGAUCUUGGUGGGCCAGCAUGUUUGCUUACGAUCAGUAUGAGGGCUCCAUGGAUAAUCUGUACACGUGGAAUGAUAUGAAUGAGCCCUCUGUGUUCAAUGGGCCAGAGGUGACCAUGCACAAGGACGCUGUUCACAUGGGUGGCUUUGAACACCGAGAUGUUCACAAUCUUUAUGCUUUGUAUGUGCAAAUGGCCACGUCAGAUGGUCAGAUCCAGCGGUCUGGCGGGACAGAGAGGCCCUUUGUCCUCACCAGGGGUUUCUUUGCUGGCUCCCAACGUUACGGUGAGUUCUUCCCCCUUCCCCCAUCCCCAGUUCAUUAAAGCCUUCGUGUACCUUGGU